AAAGUAUGUGAUUUAACAUAAGUAACAGUGCAUUAAAAUUGAUUUUUUUUUUCUAAUUAGAAAAAAGUGGUAAUAAUAUAGAGUGGCCAAGAAUAAGAAAGGCAAAGGAAAGGGAAGUAGAGAAGAGAGUAGUGACAGAGAAAGAGAAGAAGAAUGCCGCUAAGCUCGACGGCGAUCGGAGCCCUAUUGGGUUUGGGCACUCAGAUGUACUCCAAUGCCCUCCGCAAACUCCCUUACAUGCGCCAUCCAUGGGAGCACGUGUUGGGAAUGGGUCUGGGCGUUUUGUUUGUAGACCAGCUCUUCAAGUGGGAGGCCAAGGUCGAACAAGACCUCGAUAAGAUGCUCGAGAAGGCCAAGGCCGCUAACGAAAGACGUUAUAUUGAUGCAGAUGAUGACUAGUGCAACAUUAAGGUUUGCUGAGUUUUUGUGAAGAAAAUGAAGAAAUGUGUUGGACCUGUUCCCUUUGUUUUAUGAUUUCAUGUUGCUUUAUUUCUAAGGCUGUUAUAGCUUUUUCAUGCUGGUAUACCUGUUUUGAGUAGAAGGUUUGGGAAGCAGUCAAACCUGUAAGAAGGUUUCGUGAAUAAUAAAUUCAAUCGGAAUAACUUUCUUAGCUGUAAGGAUCAUAGUAACUGUGACUUCAGUAUCUAUCAUUGAUGUUUUCAUACCAUAUGCUACUGUGAUUUGACUCU